AUGCAGAAGGCGCUGGACUAUGUUCAGCAGUGGUGCACAUCGAAGGGCCUAAGGGUAAAUCCAGGCAAAACGGAGAUGGUGCACUUUACAUGCAGAAGGAGGGGUGCUGUUAAAGCUCCCUCCAUUUAUAACACAAUGCUGGAAUUCUCGGGGGAGGUCAAAUACCUAGGUAUUUGGCUCGACAAGAAGCUCAGCUGGAAAAAGCAUAUCGCCAUGCAGACUAGCAAGGUCACUAUGACAUACUGGGCGUGCAGGCGAAUGUUCGGAAGCACAUGGGAUCUAAGGCCGAGGAUGGUCAAGUGGAUCUACACGGCCAUUAUGACCCCACAGCUCAGAUACGCAGCCGCAGUGUGGUGGACAGCCUUGAACAAGGCCUGCCACAGGAAAGUGGUGGACAGAAUAGGCAGGCUUGCGAUGCUGGGCAUAACAGGGGCUCUCAGAACGACCCCGAGCUCAGCGUUGGAGGCCCUGCUCUUCAUGCAACCGCCACACCUAAUUAUAAGGGAGGAGGCGAUAAAAGCGGCCGCAAGAUUGCGGCUACAGGGAACUUGGAAGGGAGCCAGGAAUGGGCACGCUAGUGUCCUCCGCGCAGACGGUGAGCUGAAGGGGCUACUGUCGGGCGGUGCUGACGCCUGCAGACCCAGAUGGCACUUUCGCAGGAAGUUCUCUGUCAACCUUGGGUGGGGGGAAACCUCAUCCGGUAAGGAUGUGGACUGGGCGCCGCCCCGCGGUCUAGUCUGGUACACGGACGGAUCACGGGUGAGCGGACGGGCAGGAGCGGGGGUCUGGUCAGAGGGGCCCGCAAUAGCGAGGACCAUUGGGCUGGACUCGCACGCAAUCGUGCUCCAGACUGAGCUGGCUGCCCUAAGGACCUGCGCCAGGAUGAUCCUGGAGAAAGGGGACAAGGGCAAAAAGAUCUUCAUCUACUCAGACAGCAGGCGCGCACUGAGGGCAAUACUCAGGUAUGAAUGUUGCUCUAGGUUAGUGGGUGAAUCCGUUGAGCUGAUGAAGGACAUUGCCGUAAAUAAUCGGCUUGAGGUGGCUUGGACUCCGGGCCACGCUGGCAUCAAAGGCAAUGAGAAAGCCGAUGAGCUAGCAAAGAACGGUAGCAACAGGGCCUUUCGGGGAGAGGUGGAACACGUAGGCGUGCACAUCGAUUUUGUGAAGGACCUGGUCAAGGAGCGUGGGGAUAGGAGGAUUGUGGAGAGAUGGGACUCGGAGACGGGUGCCAGGCACACGAAAUCCUUCCUAGAAAAACCCACUAGGAAGAUUGCAGAGACUUUGUUGGGCCUUAACAGGGCUAAGCUCCGCGCUAUAGUGGGGCUCAUCACUGAACACUGGCCCCUGGCUCUGUAUUUAUCAAGGAUAGGCAAGGGGACUGACCCCCUAUGCAAAAGAUGCGGGUUGACGGAGGAAGAUCCUCUUCACCUAUGCACAGGAUGCAGCGGGCUCGAUGAAGUCCGGUGGGAUGUUUUUGAGUCUGCGUGCACAGAUAUAUGCGUCGAUAGGGACGGGAUCAAGGGGCUCUAUGAGUUUGCUCGUAGGGCACAGAUACUCGAUACCGUCGAUUAG